GUGACAUUGGCGACGGAACCCCGCCGUGACCUCACCCCAUCCCGGCGCAACGUAAACCAAACCGGCGCAUUCCACAAAGCCGAUAAAAUAGAAAUUCCCUUUGUGCAAUACACUUCCCUAUCCAGCGAACUUCCACCAUGGCUCCAGGACGAAAACGCCGCGCAGAAGUCGCACCAGAAUCCUCCGAUGAACAGUCCGAAGACGAAGGGCCACGGAGUACUCAGCGCAGACGUCAGAACCAACCCGCGGAAGAGGAAGAGGAAGAAUACACACAAAAUGGCGUAGAUGAGCCCACAAUGGUCGACGCGGAUGGAGACGCAGAGGCCGGGGCCAACCCAAGGGAAAACUCUGGGCUGGUGAUGAAGUUGGUGCGCUAUGCACUGGCGUGUGAAUUUGGACGAGUGCCGAUCAGGAGAGAGGGGAUUAGAGAGAAAGUCUUUGCGAAGCACGGCGGCCGCAAGUUUCAGCAACUAUUCGACGAGGCGCAAGUUCAGCUGGAGGAAAAGUUUGGAAUGCAAAUGGUAGAGCUGCCUUCAAAGGAGAAGGUCACGCUGAAGGACAGGCGAGCCGCCGUACAAAAGGCCGCCGCUACAUCAACCAACCGCUCGUACAUCCUCAAGUCUACUCUCCCGCAGAAAUACAACAUCCCCGCCAUCAUAACACCGUCUCACAUCCCCUCCGCCUCCGCAGAAAGCGCAUACAUGGGUCUCUACACCCUCAUCGUGUCAAUAAUCAUGCUCAACGGCGGAAGGAUCUCUGAUGAGAAGCUGAUGCGGUAUCUCCAACGCUUGAACGCAAACGUGAAUACGCCAGUGGACACGACGGAGUUGAUAUUUGCGAAGAUGCAGAAACAGGGGUAUAUCGUGAAGAUUAAGGAUAACGCCAACGGCACUGAUAUUACGGAGUGGAUGGUUGGUCCGAGGGGGAAGAUUGAGGUUGGGGCGGAGGGCGUGAAGGGGCUUGUGGAGACGGUGUAUGGGGAUACGGCGCCGGAUGAUCUGGGUGUGAGGCUGAAGGCUAGUUUGGGGAUUAAGGAUGGUCCUGAGAGGAGGGAGAGGCAGGUUGUUGAACCGGAGCGAGAGGAGCAGGGGAGAGGGGGAAGGAGAAGAAGGGCGGAUGAGGCUGAGGAGGAAUGAUGAUAUGAUGGGUUGAGGAUUGAUAGAUAUAUAUACCCCUGGGAUACUGCUGGAGUUGCUGGAGCUGGACUAAAUGGAAUAUACGUUCGGUAAAUGGAGUAUACAAUAGGUUGUUGUACAAGAUAUAUUGUAGCUGUAGGUUGGUUGAUAGAUGCGGCAGCAGCCAAAUAUAUCUGGGUUUAGGUGC